GGCCGCGCGCGCGCCCCUCGGCCGCCGCCGCCCGCUUCCUGCCGCGUCCGCGCGCCCGCCCCGCCCGAGCAGCGGCCGCAGCCCGGCCGGGCCCAGCGGGGAGAUGAACACGGUGCUGUCCCGGGCCAACUCGCUCUUCGCCUUCUCGCUGAGCGUGAUGGCGGCGCUCACCUUCGGCUGCUUCAUCACCACCGCCUUCAAGGAGCGCAGCGUGCCCGUCCGCAUCGCCGUCUCGCGGGUCACGCUAAAAAAUGUAGAAGACUUCACUGGACCUAGAGAAAGAAGUGAUCUGGGAUUCGUCACAUUUGACAUUACUGCAGAUUUGCAGAGUAUAUUUGAUUGGAAUGUUAAACAAUUGUUUCUAUAUUUGUCUGCAGAAUAUUCAACGAAAAACAAUGUCCUAAAUCAGGUGGUCCUCUGGGACAAGAUCAUGUUACGAGGAGAUAACCCAAGGCUGUCCUUAAAAGACAUGAAGUCAAAGUACUUUUUCUUUGAUGAUGGAAACGGUCUCAAGGGAAACAGGAAUAUCACCUUGACUCUCUCCUGGAAUGUUGUACCAAAUGCUGGCAUUCUACCUCUUGUAACAGGAUCAGGACAUGUGUCUGUACCUUUCCCAGAUACCUAUGAAACAACAAAAAGUUAUUAAAUUAUAGUACUGAAUCAUAAGCAAAAUAUUUUUAUACUUGUAUAUUGUGGAUACAUUUUAUUGCAGUUUCUUCUUGCAUCCCAUACAACUUUUCACUGAAAGGAACUUAAUUUCCUCAGGCUAGUAGUAUAGGAAAAGGAAAUGAAAAUUCAGGGUUUUCAUUUUUUUAAAAUAAAACAUUGAAGCUGAAACUUAAGGGAAAGGUGAAUUGCAGAGUAAUGGUUUUAAGGGGGGAAAACUGAGGAUUUUUUUUUCCUAGCCAUCAAAGUAUAGCUCUCUUUUUCUUUUUAAUAAAUAUUUUUAAACCAGAA